AAUCACGACCUAUUAUCGCGACAGACCAGGGAUGGAAGAGUGGAGCGGGGAUGGGUGACGUCAUAGAGUGGAAAACCGCAGUGCAUUGUGGUCUUGUAGGUAAACGGAACAGGUUUGUGUACGUCCUCUCUCUGCUGCGCUGCGCUGCACUUGUUCCCACGGCGGUCCGUUUUGGGAGAAAACACGGUGGUGAUAUUUUUCAUUUCCAACGUGGAAGAAGAGGCCAAGGAGUGCGAGUCUCGGAAGUAACUGGAAAGCCUGGAGAGCGGCCAUGAGACGCCCCGACAGCCCAUUCGACAGGAUUACUGGAACCAUGUCGGUGUGUUCACGGCAUUUUCUGACUGGGAAACCUGCGACCUGGGACCCUCGCUGCAUCUGGCACAUAAUGAGAUGAAAAGCUUCAGACAAUUUCAGUAAAGAGAGCGAGCUGUGGUGCAGCUACUUCACCUGCACCUCCCACACCAGGUGUGGAUCCUUUAUCAACUCAAGCUACGCACUUGAGUGUCAUCCUGCAGAUGGAGACCCAGACAGAUGUCCUGCAGCUGCUGGUGAUUAAAGAAGAAGUUCCUACUGAGCAGCAGGAGAGCAGCUCCAGUCUGGACCAGCAGGGACAUGAGCCUCAUCUCAUGAAAGAAGUGAAAGAGGAGGAAGAAGAACAUGAUGUCUCCCAGCUCUCACACACUCCUGUGGAUGUGAAGACUGAAGAUGAUGAGAAGCCUCCAACCAGCAGCUUAACUCAACACAUGAAAACAGAAGCUGGUGGAGACUGUGGAGGAUCAGAACCAGCCAGAUGCUUGGACCCACCUUUACUCCCUGACCAGCAGAGGUCACUCUCUUCUGACUCUGACACUGAUAACAGUGAAGACUGUAGAGAAACCAGCAACCCCAUGAGUGGAUCAAAUGUUCACGACAGCAAGAAGAAAGGUGAUGAUGAUGAUGAUGAUGAAAGAUCACUGAUCUGUUCUGAGUGUGGGAGAAAAUGUUCCUCAAAAGGUGGACUGACAAGACACCUGAAAUCCUGCUCUGGAGGAUCAUUUACUUGUUCGGUUUGUGGAAAAUGUUGUAAAUGGGGACAUCAUCUUAAGGAACACAUGAGUGUGCACACUGGAGAAAGACCGUUCAGAUGCUCUCAGUGUGAGAAAUCCUUUUCAACGAGUGGGCGCCGAAAGAUACACAUGUCAACUCACAUCGCAGACAAACCUUUCAGCUGUUCACUCUGUGACAAAUGUUUUACUCACAACCAUCAUUUGAAGGUUCACAUGAGAACGCACACAGGAGAAAAACCUUUCUGCUGCUCUCACUGUGAUAGAUGCUUUGCGGGCUUGAAAAACCUGAAGGAUCAUUUGAGAAGUCACACUGGAGAAAGACCCUUCAGCUGCUCUCUCUGUGGCAAAUGUUUUACUCACAGCCACCAUAUGAAGAUUCACAUGAGAAAUCACACUGGAGAAAAACCUUUCUGCUGCUCCCACUAUGACAAAUGUUUUAAGGAGCUAAGGUGCCUGAAAGAUCACAUGAGAAGUCAUUCUGGAGAAAAACCUUUCAGCUGCUCUGUCUGUAAUAGAGAUUUUACGUACAAGAGGAACCUAAAUAAACACAUGAGAACUCACUUUCGGGAAGAAGCCUCUUCUCUUAGUUUGAUAAUUAUUUGAAUGAGAACACGAGAGUUUAUCCUAGAGAAAUGCUUCUCACAGGUCAGGCGUGUGAAGGAUUCACAAAGUAAAUGACAUCAAACCCUUGAAACCAGGCGUGACUUCUAUUCUGGUGCAUAUGCACAGUGAGAAAGAAAUGGACUUGUAUAUUUCGUAUCUGCACACAGCUAAGUCAAAUGAGCCUUUGGUCGAUAUUAUAAGCAGCAAACAACAAUCGGGAAUGAUAUAGAAAAGUGCUCUUGGAUCCUCCGUGGAAAGUGACAACCAUAUAUGAGAUUCAGAUGAAAACGUGAUGAGUGACUUAGCGAAGAAGUCGUUUGAACAAGGCUGCUUUGGUGUGUUGUAAUAUGAUGGAUCUGCUGUUGUCAUCAGUCAUACGACAUGAUUGACCUUCAUCUCGAUCCAUAAGUCAUUCAGCUGCCCUUCACUGAAGUCCUGUCAGAGGAUCUAGUUCUGGGCUUCCACCUGGGAAGCACUUUUUAACAGGCACACAAUACCCCACCAGCUCAUCAUCUCUUGUCUGGCUGCCUGUGUGUUGUUUACAUACGUUUUCAUGCAUUGAACAGUCUCACUCCUCUUUCUGCCUCCGGCCAGCUGGUCCUUGUGGUCCCUGAGGGGGUACACCAGGAGCCGUUCCCUGUGUGUGCUUGCAGGCUUCACUUCCCUCACAGGUGUUGUCCAAAUGCUGAAGUGCUUUGAUGGUUUGGAUUUCAAUGUUGACAAUGUUUACUGAUUGUUAAUCGACUGACCUGUGUGGUAACUGUUUUCCU